AUGAAAAUUUACGUAUAUGUGUUCUAUUACAUUAAGUUAUUUGUGAAUAACGCAGCAAAUGUUAUCUACGAAGGAAUCAAUCCAUACCUUGACAUAAAAAAAUAUAGUGAAGAAGCUCUUAAACAAAUACAAUGGAACAGAAACUUAUGCGACCACUGGUACGUCAAAGAUGAUAAUAUCGUAAGCGAUUCCGGUGCUACAAUAAAAGAAGUGCAGCACAGAAUAAAUCGAGGAGAAAUACGCAUUGGGUGUGAAUCUCACGACGGAGACAAACAUGAUGACCUGAGAAAUUUAUUCGUAAAAAUAAUUGAUGAACUCUUCUUUUCAAAUUAUGGAGAAUUCCUAAAAGUGGAAAAAAAGUUAUAUCUCUGUACGCAAGUUCUGCUAAAAAAUUUGCAAGAUGAUAUAAGCGAAUAUUUUGAAGCUAUUCUCACUGUGGUCAGACAUCACAUAAAAAAUUACUUUAAAAACACAAGUGCACAUAAUCAACAAGAAUUGGAAAAAAUAGCAGGACUAAACAUGUCUCUCAGCGUUAAUAAAGAUGGAAAUUUACUAUUUAAUAACAAAAAUUUACAUCGCUACCUGGCUUUUUCAAAAUUUGAAUUAGAUAUAGAUUUAAAGCAAGAUUAUUCAACAUUUGAAAAAUACUCCAUCAUUAGUGAUAUAGAACGCGUUUAUAUCGACCUUGCCAUUGAAAUUUCCAAAGUAGAAGAAGACAUUGAUAAAUAUGUGCAUUCAGCUUUACAUAGAUUUCCUCUCAAGUAUUAUCGUGAUGUCAGUGACUUUGCAGUUAUGUUCCAAAGUAAUGCUAUGACAAUCCUCGAAGAUAAUUUACACCUUCAUCUGUAUAAUAAAUACAUAGAGGAAAAGGAAAAAUUAAACUCCAAUUUCCGAAUAGAUAUUAGGUUGAUAGAUUUGUUACUCCAAGAUAUGCUCACCAUACUAAAUCACUCCAUUGACUACAAUGUGCAUGCACUCUUUAUAGAAUUGAAUAAACACCUAAAUGGAGACCUAAAAUCUCUCAUAGGAUUACUUCUAUACCUAUUUGAUCUAGAAAAAAUUAGAAAUCAUGCUAUUAUAAAAUCUAUAGAAGAAAAAAAUGAAAACUUAGGAGAAAAUAAAAUUCUGUCCAAUGCUUAUGACUUAUUUAUGAUAGAAAAAAAUGACAUCAACAUUGCAGAAAUUAAAUUUAAAAUUUUUGUAAAAAAUAUAUUUGAUUUCAAUGUAGAUGAUAAAAAAGUUCGAACUCUGGAGAAAAAAAUUUACGACAUUUACCAAAAUAAACACCUCAUCCAAACCUUGAAUUUAAUUGCUUACCAAAUAUUAAUCAAACGGGUCGUCCAUGAUUAUGUAGACUUUGUGGAACUGCUUAAAAGAGCUUCCUUCAAAUACCAACCACUUUUUAACAAAGUCAUAGGCAUAUUUCAUAAACGAAGAGAUAAUCACAUUCUCACCAUUCCAAGAAAAAAAUAUGACAAAUUGGUCGAGGACUAUAUCAAAAUUAAGGACAACAGUAAUUUCAAUUUUAACAUCCUCGGUGCUAAUCGAAACAUAUCUAAUUCGUUAUUACGCUUAAAGAGGCAAAUAAACAAAAUUAAAAUUAUGAUUAAAAUUUUAACGGGCCUCAAUGAAGGAAUGACUACCCUCAAGGACGUUUCGAAGCUCACUCCAGGCGAAAAGGAGCACAAUAAGAAGGCUAUUAUUUUUUAUGCCCAUCUAAUUAGGGAUUUCAAGGAUGACUGGUUUUAUUAG